AUGCAAAUUACGCAAACCUGGUCACCAUCAUCAAUAGCUACUUCCACAACUUUAUCAAGUAUUGCUACGACCCAUGCAUCAAAAUUGGAGCAUACUAUCUCCUCAGUAAUUGAGCGUGCUAAAACAGAGACUAAUUACAUUGUAUUACGUUCAUUAUCGCAAGCUUAUAGGGGAGCACAAGCUUCAUUAACAAUUAUAUCAGCUGAGGAAGUAUUAUCAACUGCUACAGUAUCUUCAAUACAAAGUAUUGCAACUCAAGCAAUAUUUGAAGCUACUUUAAAUUUAAAAGAUUUAGCAGAUGAAGAAAAUAUAUUUGGAUAUGAUUUAAAUAGACCUGGAAAUAUAAUAUAUCUUAUAGUUUAUGCCAUUAUAAUGGUGUAUACUGGAGGAAUGGUUAUAUGGUCAAGAUAUUGGUGGUACAAUAUAACUUUCUUCUGUGGAUAUGCAUUAGAAUUCAUUGGAUUUUUAGGAAGAGUAUUAGCUUUUUCAAAUACGAAAUAUAUGCCAUAUUUUUUAAUGAGUACAGUUUGCUUAACAAUUUCUCCAGCUUUUAUCAUGGCUGCUAUUUAUUUUCUUUUUGGUCAAUUGGUUAUUAUUCAUGAUAGGAAAUUCUCAGUUUUACCUCCAUUAUUUUAUUCCUAUUUUUUCAUUACUAUUGAUGUCUUGUCAUUAUUAAUUCAAGCUGGUGGUGGAGGUGCUGCAAGUGUUGCUUCUUCAAAUCAUACUGAUCAAAAACCAGGGACUAAUACAAUGAUUGCUGGUAUUGCACUUCAAGUUUUUGCCAUGACUAUAUUUGUGGGGUUCUGGUUUGAAUUUUUAAAUAGAUUGUAUUUCAAAAAAAUGGAAAAUGAAUCCGAUGAUGCAAUCGAAAAACAUCCAUUGAGAAAAAGAUCGUUUUCAAAUUUUUUUAAAUUAUUAUUGAAUGUUAAAUCAGUAAGAGAAUAUAAAUCUACUUACUUGGAACAGUUUUAUAACAAAAGAUUUGAAUCUGUCCGUCAACAUAAGUUAUUUCCAUACAUGCCAUUAGCUAUGACUGUUGCGGUUAUUGUUAUUUAUAUUAGAUGUGUCUAUAGAGUUGUUGAAUUGGCUGAAGGUUUUGGAGGAUACUUAAUGAAUCAUGAAGUUUUUUUACUAGUUUUAGAUGCUGCUAUGAUAGCCAUUGCAGGGUUUAUAUUCUUUCCAUUCCAUCCAGUAUGGGUAUUUGGUAAAAAGAAUCUUGUUAAAUUGGCUACAAUUAGGAAAAGAAUGGAUGUUCAUUCAGAGGAUAGUGAUGAGACUAAAGAAGAACUUGAAAUGUGCGGAGAAACCCUUAAUGAUGAAGCUGUGGAGAAAUCUCCUAACCCGGAAAGAAAUGCUUUAUAA